AUGGGUGCCAUUACCUAUGAAGAUGGUAUAGCUAUCCUUCAGCUCAUCGUUUUUCCUUUCAUUCUCGUCGCGUCCCUUUUCAUCUGGAAACGGACUGGCUGGAGAGUCGGCUCCAAGAUCUGGCGAUAUCCCUUUACUCUCUCUCUUAUUCGACUUGCUGGCAGUAUUGCUACAUUGUAUUCAAUCAAUCAUGAAACGACAAAGGUCAGAAUUGCCAUAUUCGUGUGUCAGCUCAUUGGCAUUGCGCCUCUGUUGCUGGCUUAUGUCGGAAUGCUGAGAUUAAUUGAUUUGAAGAAAUCGAUUCCCCCUCUUCUUCUUCUAUUGGUGACUCUUAUGGCCUUUGCCGGCCUAAUGAUUGGUAUAAUCGGAGUCAGUACUGCCGAUACGACAAAUGGCUACACUCCAGGCACGCUCUCCAAAGCAGCUAUGGGCCUCUUUCUCGCUGUAUACGUGAUAACCAUGCUCCUUACCACUUGGCUUUUCUAUACACACUCCUUCACAAUGCUGAGGUAUCAGAAGAAGUUAUUCCUUGGUACUGCAUUGUCUGCUCCCUUCCUAUUGGUUCGCUUGAUCUUCUCGGCCCUGGGUGAUUACACCUCUAACAAGACCUUUUCGAUGGAAUCAUUGGCCGAGAACAACCACACCAGCCUCACUGCUUACUUGUGCAUGUCUGUGCUGGAAGAGAUCAUCUCCAUGGUUAUUGCCAUGGUCUUUGGUGUAUCUGCUGUUCUGGAAGCAGACUUCGUGAAGCCUACUCCGGAAGCAGGCCGGGAAGAGAAACCUGAUGAAGUGUGA